CUCAUCAUCAGUUUCAUAAUCACUACAAUCAGGUAAUCGAAAGCGACAAUGUCUUGGGACGAUGGUAAGCACGCAAAGGUGAACAAAGUUCAGAUUACUUACGAUGACGUCAUCUACUCAAUCCAGGUCACGUACGCCGGAACCGCUCUUCAAUCUCAGCGUCGUGGCUCCGAUGGGCCCAAAACUGCCGAGUUCACUUUGGGUCCGGACGAGUACAUAACGGCCCUGACUGCUUACGGCAAAACGCUGAGCACGCAAGACGUUAUAACGUCGUACUUUCAAAACGAACAAGGGAACUUAUGGUCCCUACAAACAAAACUGGUUACCAGAUUUGCCGGAGUACCGAAACAGAUCGCCGGUUUCCUUGGUACUAGCGGCAAUGUUCUCAACUCCAUAGACGUUCACUACGCUCCCAUACCCACUGGAACCGGAACAGGAACCGGCGGGACUGGAACCGGUACAGGAGGAACCGAAACCGGAGGAACUGGUACGGGCGGAACCGGAACCGGAGGAACUGGUACGGGCGGAACCGGAACCGGAGGAACUGGUACGGGUGGAACCGGAACCGGUGGAACCGGUGGAACUGGUGGAACCGGAACAGGUGGAACCGGAACUGGGGGAACCGGAACCGGUGGUACUGGCACGGGAGGAACAGGAACUGGCACGGGAGGAACCGGAACCGGCGGAUCAGGGACCGGUUCAGGGGUUGAAAAGUUGGAUGCACAAGGUGGUACAGGAGGAACCGCAUGGGACGACGGAUCCGAUCACGAUGGCGUGGCAAAGAUAACCGUAAGAACCGGUGGGGCAGGCGUUCAAUACGUUCAGUUCGGUUAUGUGAAAGCCGGACAACCGAAACAAGGAGCCCUCGGCGGUGUGCAAGGUAGUAGAGGUUCAACAAAAGAGAUUUUGAUUAACCACCCGGACGAGCAUCUAAUUUCCGUGGAGGGUUGGUAUGAUUCCUCCAAUAUAAUCAUAGGAAUCCAGUUCAAGACUAAUCAAAAGACGUCUGAUUACAUGGGCUAUGAUUUCGAUGGUAGUGGUACUAAGUUUACUCUCCAAGUUCAAGGCAAGAAGAUCAUCGGGUUUCACUUUCGCCAGCGACCAUCUCAAUUCAAUUAGCGUAUUUUUCCCGUGUCCACCUCCACCGACCCUUCUACCGUUCCCCCAAAGAAGCUUGAAGCUAAGGGUGGUGAGUCUGGAGCUGUAUGGGACGAUGGUGCUCACGACAAUGUUAAAAAGGUCUCUGUUGGACAAGGCACAGAUGGUAUAGCAGCUGUCAAGUUUGAAUACAGAAAUGGUUCUUCAGUUGUUAUUGGAGCUGAACGUGGGACACCAACAUUGCUUGGUUACGAAGAGUUUGAGCUUGCAUCUGAUGAAUACAUAACCAUCGUGGAAGGCUACUACGACAAAAUCUUAGGAAGUGAUGGCCUGACGAGUCUCACUUUCCAUACUAACAAGGGUACAUAUGGUCCGUAUGGUCUCGAAGGUAGCACACACUUUGAAUUCAAGGAGGACGGUCACAAGAUUACAGGGUUCCAUGGACGAGCUGGUGCGACUAUUAGUGCUAUUGGAGUUUACUUAGCUCCAGUAGGCACCAUCCCCUUGACUCCUGCAACACAAACCAAGAAGCUAGAAGCUAAGGGUGGUGAUGGAGGAACAACAUGGGAUGAUGGUGCUUUCGACGGAAUACGGAAAGUGUCUGUAGGACAAACCUAUGAUGGUAUAGGAGCGGUUAAGUUUGUGUACAACAAAGGUUCUUCAGAAAUCAUAGGAGAUGAACAUGGAAAGAGUACUCUACUCGGAUUCGAAGAGUUUGAGCUUAACUAUCCAAGUGAGUACAUCACGGAAGUACAUGGCACAUACGAUAAAAUCUCAGCGAGCAACUCUGCGAUCGUUAACAUGCUUACGUUCAAGACUAAUAAGCCCGCAACAUAUGGUCCCUUCGGUCUUAACGCUGGCACACCGUUCGAUCUCAAAGAGGAAGGCCACAAGAUCGUUGGGUUCCAUGGAAGUUCUGGUGAUCUGCUUCACAAAUUUGGAGUCCAUGUUCUUCCCAUCAACUAAUCCUGGAGAUGCUUUUGUGGUCUUUUCACGUUGAACUUUGAAUAAGCUGAUUGUGCUGUUUCUGUUUGUUUCAUCUCUUCAGUGGUUUGAAGUGUUUUAUUUGUGUUAUUGUUCUGUCUUUGAUGGUUUUAUGAUCCAUUUUAAUAAAAGAAGCUUGUUCCAA